GUAGAUAUAUAAAGGAAGUGUUAGUGGGCAAUCAUCACUGCAAGAGUUGAUCAUCUUGGAACCAAGUAAAUUCAGUGGAGGCCCCAGAGUAUCGCACCCCUGGUUACAUUAGGGGAACCCGACGACCUACAUUCAGUAACUGUCUCAAAUGGAAGGGCGGCUUUAUCGUGCGGCUGGGAUCGUCAUAUUCCGGCGACUUGCCGGACAAAUCCAGUACCUACUGCUCCAAGCUUCUUAUGGUGAUCAUCAUUGGACACCGCCUAAGGGAUUUCUUGACCCCGGCGAGGAUGAUUUUUCGGCAGCCGUUCGAGAGACUACUGAAGAGGCAGGGUACCUUGAACACGAUCUUAGAAUAUUUAAAGACGUGAACAAAACGCUAGAGUAUGAAGUUAGGGGUAAACUUAAAACGGUUAUCUAUUGGUUGGCCGAAUUGAUUGAUCCACAAAAGCCGCCCACUUUAUCCGAUGAACAUCAAGAUUAUAAAUGGUUGCCGAAAGACGAAGCAAAAGUGCUUGCUAAGUACAAGCUGAUGGCGGAUCUUAUCGAUUGUUUUGAGGAGAAGAUUCAGGAUCAACAAAAAUAAUUCCAAUUCGAAAUCGAAUACUUUAUUUAGUCAAUUUGUAGUUAGAUAUGAAAUUCGAAUUUAUUAUAUGGUGACGCAUUUAUUGACAAUAAAGAGAAGUCCUAAAUGAUUUUAUCAAAAUUUAACACUUGAA